AUGGCGAACCAGGCACCCGCGUCGCUUGUCGACCAUCUGACUGCCUCUGGAGGGGCUGAGCCCGCAGGCUUCCUCAACGACAUCAUCAAGAACCUAUGGCCCAACAUCUGUGUAGCUGGCUCCAAUAUCAUCAAGGACACGGUCGAGCCAAUUCUUGCUACCACACUUCCUGGUCCGCUGGCCAACCUGCGCUUCGUCAAAAUUGAUUUCGGUCAUGUUCCAAUCGGGUUCUCGAAUGUUGAUGUUCACAAGACUCCGGCCGGAGGAAUCAAACUCGACAUGGAUAUGAACUGGGAGGGUGUGUGUGACUUUGAGCUUGAUGGCAAAAUGGUUCCAAAAGUGGGUGUUGAGCGGGUUCAUAUGAAGGGUCGUAUCAGCGUCUUGCUAUGCCCAUUGACGAAUAUUAUCCCCCUGAUCGGAGCUGUCCAGAUUGCUUUCCUCAAUACACCAACCCUGAAGCUGGACUUCACAGAUGCUGCAAACAUUGCCGACUUUUCUGUUAUCGACAGCACUGUCCGCAAGACCAUUCUUGGUGUCAUUGAUUCAAUAGCAGUACUCCCGAACCGCUUCCUAGUCAAGCUGGAUCCCAAUACCGAUUACUUCAAGGCCUUCCAGCCACACUACGGAGUCGUCCGUGUGACUGUUGGCAAGGCGACUGGAAUUGACGUACCCAAGCACGGCGAAAAGAAGAGCGGCCUUAAGAAGCUGAUGGCAAAAGUCAAGCUCGAAGACGUACCAGACUGCUUCGUCAAGGUCAAGGUUGGUGCGGAAGGGGAGUGGAAGACUUCGACCGUGGAUAACAACCGCGAGCCGGAAUGGAACGAGUCCCACGACUUCCUAGUCACAGACUUUGAGCAGGACAUCACCGCAGACAUCCAAGACGAAGACAUGAUUGGUGACGACGACAUGGGACUUGGAUCUACGACGAUCAAGGAAAUCCUCCUCAAGGGUGGUACACAAGAACUCGUUCUCACUAAGAAGGGCCAAGAAACCCCAGGCAGGCUCGUAAUCCACGCCAAGUUCUUUCACCUUGUCAACGACCCACAGGUGCUGUCUUCUCCAAGCGCUCAAAGCCAGGGUCAAGGCCAGAUCUGUGGUGUCGCUACAGUUCUCAUUGCUGGUGUCCAGGAGCUUCAUGGCCACCGCGACGAGCUGAACCCUAGCGUCAAGGUCACUUGGGGUGACAAGACGUUCCAGACGGCAGCAAAGUCGUACUCGCCUGGAACCGAUAUCUUCAACCCUUCCUUUGACCAGGCAUUCACUAUUCCUAUUACCACUGAUAUGCUGGCUAACCCGGCUGGUUUUCAGCUUUCGCUGCUGAACAAGACUGCAGAGGUUGGCAGUGCGCAGGUUGCAUUUAGAGACGUGCUAACUGCCGAGGGUAUGGUCCUGCAGGACAACUUCAACGUGGGCAGUGGAUCGUCUAUUAGGGCGCAGAUUGCUCUGCAUGGUGUCUCAGAGGCACAGUAA